AUGUUCAAACUUUCGAGCUUUGGUAGUACUACAAAGCUGGCUGCUCGAUCUCUGACAAAUUGCACAUUUCGUGCAAUACCUCGACCUCUAAGUCAUCGGCAGUUCAGACUAACCGAAGUUUUGAGCAAACGUUAUUCAUCGCUACGGUUAAAAUCAUUGCCAUAUAUGCAAAAGCGGCCGUUCUCUAGUUCUGUUGUAUCAAAGCAAAUUCUUAAAACUGGAUCUAAUAAAAAGCCUAGAACUCUAAUAAAUUCUUCUCGUAAUGUCGGCUUGUGGUUAAUUGGAACUUCAGGGCUGGUUUUCGGUAUUGUUGUAUUGGGUGGUUUGACAAGGUUAACAGAAUCCGGAUUAAGUAUAACUGAAUGGAAGCCGGUUACUGGUGCUAUUCCUCCUUUGAACGAGGUGGAAUGGGAACUUGAGUUUCUAAAGUAUAAAGAAUCGCCCGAAUUUAAGCAAUUGAAUUCCCACCUAACUCUUGAUGAAUUCAAGUUCAUAUUCUUCAUGGAAUGGGCUCACAGGUUGUGGGGUCGUGCAAUUGGUUUACUAUUUGUUUUACCUGCUAGUUAUUUCUUUUUGACCAGAAAGACCUCUCCCCGUGUAAAUAGGCGUGUUUUUGGUUUAGCUUGUUUGCUUGGGUUCCAAGGAUUCAUUGGAUGGUGGAUGGUUAAAUCUGGUUUAGAUCAAGAACAACUUGAUGAAAGGAAAUCUAAACCCACCGUAUCGCAGUACAGACUAACUGCCCAUUUAGGUACAGCUUUCGUGUUAUAUUUGGGAAUGUUAUGGACUGGUUUUGAAAUAUUGAGAGAAGCGAAGUGGAUUAAAUCCCCUUCUGAAGCUAUUAAAUUGUUUUCCAAAUUAGAAAAUCCAGCGUUGAGACCAUUGCGCAAGUAUUCAACUGCUCUGUUGGCACUCACGUUCAUUACUGCAAUGACAGGUGGUUUGGUAGCUGGGUUAGAUGCUGGUUUGAUUUACAAUACAUUCCCGCAUAUGGGCGAAGACUUGCUACCUAGUAAGCGUGAGCUAAUGGAUGAAACAUUUGCUAGAAGGGACGAUAAGAAAGACUUGAUCUGGAGGAAUUUGUUAGAGAAUCCAGCUACAGUUCAGUUAAGUCACAGGAUCUUUGCAACUUCUACUUUCUUCUCUGUAUUAGCCCUACAUUUCUAUUGCAAUAGAAGAAAAACCAUUCUUCCAACUAAUGCGAAACGGACGAUGCACGCGUUGAUGGGACUCGUAACUAUGCAAGUUGCGUUGGGAAUUACAACUUUAAUUUAUUUGGUACCAGUUUCACUUGCAUCUGCACAUCAGGCUGGUGCAUUAAUGCUUCUGACAGGGUCUCUACUAUUUGCAGCCCAAGUCAGAAAACCGCGGAAUCAGAUCAGGGUAUUAGUUCAUACUCUAUCUGCUGAACAGUAUAAACCAAAAAGCAAAGUCCUAUCCGAGGUUGCGAAGAUAGCGAAGUGUUAA